CGAUAGAUGUUUUUAUAUCGUCAUCCGAUAUAUAUCGUUAUAUCGAACAGCCCUAUUGUCAAGCCAUGUUUUCAUUGAUGUAUACUGAGUGGAGGUCAUCAAAUGCCAUCUUUAUGACAGAAAGAGUGAAAUAGUUAAACUAAGAUAUGAACAUGAUAUCUUCACAAAGAAAAAAAAGUGAGUUACCUAAAAUGUGACCUGGUAAAACACAACCAGGUUGUGUUAAUAUGCUCACCUUAUAUCCACAAAGCGUUGUCUUUAAAGUUUUUGUUCAAACUGAACAGUGUUAAAUAUUAUUGUUUGCAUUUACUAGUCUGUACUAUACUGUACUACUGGCUCUGAAUGGGCUUCUGGGAUUUGACUUGGCUUCUGGUGACUGGAGCAUUGCUGUGUGGAGUUUGCAUGUUCCUUCUGAGCUUACGUAGUUUUCCUCAUGGUUCAUCCGUUUCCUCGCGCAGAACAAAGAAAGGUAAUCAGUGACUGGGAUGGCUUCACUCUUCCCCUUGAAAUUAAUUUGGAUAAGCAGCUAUGAAAAUGGAUGCAUGCGUCUUUUUCCACAGUUUGAUUUGUUAAAAAACAGCUCCUAAAUUGACUGACUGUCAGGCAACACAAGUGCUAUAUCAGUGAUAGCCAGUAGUGACCAGUGCUUCCUUGGGUUUUAAGGCUUGACUACUGGCUGUAAUCCUAUAUUUAGCAUAGUAAUGACAUUGUUAAUAAUAUUUUCAUCGAACUCGAACACAAUGUAGGUACCAGCCUUAUCUCCAUUGUGGCCACACAGAGCAUGAAUAUGAAUCAUCCAACUUUAGACUAUAUGAGAGUUUAUUAAUUUAUGUCUUCAUAUAUAAUUUUGCUCUCAUCCUCCUUCAUUUAGAGGGUGUGAUAGCACUGCACUGCACCUAAAGACCAGACAGAGAAAAAAAGACAAUCUAAGUUAAGAAAAGCCAGCAGCAGUGCUGUGUCGUUGCUGUCACAAAUCAACUGUAUUUGGAUGUUUAAAAGAAAAAAAUGUGAUGUUCAGCUUUUGGCUUUUUUGAGUGCUUUAAACUGAGAAUCAGGAGAUCAGAGUUUGAAAUGUGUUAAACUGUCAAAUGUAUUUUCUGAAAAAACUACAGCAAAUUGCAGAUAUCUGUAAAUCUUCUGCAUUUGUUUUUGCUUUUUUGUUUACUGUAAAGAUGCUGCCGGCGCAGCAAGCCCAGGGUUUGCUCCUGAUGACAUCAUGGAUAAAAAUCUUAUUAGUCUUAAGCAAAUGUCAACAAAUUGUCACUGAGCUACUGCAGAUCACAGGAAGCGCGUUAUGUCAGUUGUGCUUCAAGGCAGUUUCUUUUUUUUGUUUAGAGCCACAUAGAAAUAUAGCGAGAGAGAGAGAGAGAUGUCCUCAUCACGACACUGCCAAGAAAGCUGAGUCAUGUAAGAUGAGAGAAAAAAAGAGGCACAACGAUGGCUAUAAAAAAUGAAUAGGAUGGAAGGUUUUUAAGCGUAAUGCGCGAGCGGAUGGAGGAAAUAUUUCUGCAAAGGCUCGCUGGCGUUGAGUCCAGGUGAGGGCAGAUAAAAGAAGCUGUGAUAGACGGCGUGAUAGCGUGGAGGGGAGACGUGCAGUUUCUAGCUGUUAAUGUGAGGAUUUGGAGCAGUGAUGACACACACGAGGAGAAGCGAGUGAUAACGUGGCAAAAGGUGGGGAGAGGCUGUGUCAUUGUUGGUGAGCUGGGAUAUAAAUAUAUUGUACACACACACACACACACACACACAUAUGCGUAAAGAGGAAGAGAGUGACUGGUGCGGCAACAGGAACCACAUGAGCAGCAGGGAGGAGUCGCGAAAGGAGAGGCGUCACGGCAGAUAAAACUCCACGCCCCUCGCUGCCGAGCAUCCAUUUACUGAGCAGCUGAUGUCUGCUGCUUCACUCAGCAGUAACAGAAGACAGCGAGAGAAAAAAAUACAACAGAGCUCUGGAGCUACCGCUGGAUUUUUAAUGGGGAAUAGGCAGCAACCUCUCCUCAGGAUGGAGCAUUUAUGAGGAGGCUUGCUGUGCCAGUCUUGCAGGAAAUGUCCACAUACUUAGCCUUAGAGGGAAGGAGGAUUUCUAACAGAGUAGCUGACGCUGCUCUUUGUGGCAUGAAAACUGUGUGAGGAGCUCCAGGAGAAUUUCCUCCGAUUAACCGGAAAGCUUUGAUCUUCUCGCAGCCUUUUUUUUUCUUUGUUUUUUCUCUCCACGUGAUCCAACCUGUGGUUCCACAGGUCAAAGCGAAGUUUAAAACAUGACCGCCAUGCAAAAGCUGCUGCAGCUGCCGGUGAACGCGGUGAACAUGGUGAAGACCGUGCAAAGUCAGGUCCAAGGCCAGGAGGAGGACAAGAGCCCCGUGCUGACUCCCGAUAGCGGGCAGCAGGCUUGGUACAGCGCCCUCCAGCCUGAUGAGCUGCGCCACCUCCGAUCUGGAGGUACAGGUGGAGGAGGAGGAGGUGACCAGGAGGAACGAGCCCCACUGGAGGAAGGUGGUGGAGGUGGUGGUGGUGGUUUCCAAACUCAACCGCUGCGACAUGACGACUUGAAAGAGAUGCUGGACAGCAACAAAGACUCCCUGAAGCUGGAAGCAAUGAAGCGGAUUGUAGCUAUGAUUGCCCGAGGUAAAAAUGCAUCAGAUCUCUUCCCCGCUGUGGUGAAAAACGUGGCUUGUAAAAACAUAGAGGUGAAGAAGCUGGUCUAUGUUUACUUGGUGCGUUACGCUGAGGAGCAGCAGGAUCUUGCUCUGCUUUCAAUUUCCACGUUUCAGCGAGGUCUGAAGGAUCCGAACCAGCUGAUCAGAGCCAGCGCCCUGCGAGUCCUCUCCAGCAUAAGAGUAACAAUCAUCGUUCCAAUAAUGAUGUUGGCCAUCAAAGAAGCUGCUUCGGAUAUGUCUCCGUAUGUCAGGAAGACCGCAGCACAUGCAAUCCCUAAACUAUACAGUUUGGAUCCUGAACAAAAAGACCAGCUGAUUGAAGUCAUAGAGAAACUCCUCGCUGACAAAACCACGCUGGUGGCAGGAAGCGUUGUGAUGGCUUUUGAAGAGGUGUGUCCGGAGCGCAUUGAUCUAAUCCACAAGAACUACAGGAAGCUGUGUAAUCUCUUGAUUGAUGUUGAGGAGUGGGGGCAGGUCGUCAUCAUCAACAUGCUAACCCGCUACGCCAGAACGCAGUUUCUCAACCCAAACAUCAAUGAGUCCCUGCUGGAGGAGGGAGGCAGCGGCGAUAAGACCUUCUACGGCUCAGAUGAAGAUGAGGAUGAAGACGAAGAGGAGAAGGAGAAGAAGGCCGAGGCUGCUGCCAUGGCUAAGAGGAAGCCAUAUGUGAUGGAUCCAGACCACCGACUGCUACUAAGGAAUACCAAACCGCUCCUGCAGAGCCGCAACGCAGCUGUGGUGAUGGCUGUGGCUCAGCUGUAUUUCCAUCUGGCCCCUAAAGCGGAGGUUGGUGUGAUUGCCAAGGCCCUGGUCCGUCUCCUGAGGAGCCACAGUGAAGUCCAGUAUGUUGUUCUUCAGAACGUGGCAACAAUGUCCAUUAAGAGACGGGGGAUGUUUGAACCAUAUCUGAAGAGUUUCUACAUCCGCUCAACAGAUCCAACUCAGAUCAAAGUCCUAAAGCUGGAGGUUCUAACCAAUCUGGCCAACGAGACCAACAUUUCCACCAUCCUCAGAGAAUUUCAGACAUAUAUUAAAAGCAUGGAUAAAGACUUUGUGGCUGCAACAAUCCAAGCCAUUGGUCGCUGUGCUACCAACAUCAGCGAGGUGAGGGACACAUGUCUGAACGGUCUUGUGCAGCUGCUCUCCAACCGAGAUGAGUUGGUGGUUGCCGAGUCAGUGGUUGUUAUCAAGAAGCUGCUGCAGAUGCAGCCAGAGAAGCACAGCGACAUCAUAAAGCACAUGGCGAAACUGACCGACAACAUUCAGGUGCCAAUGGCACGGGCAAGUAUCCUGUGGCUGAUUGGAGAAUACUGUGAGCAUGUACCUAAGAUCGCCCCAGAUGUUCUAAGGAAGAUGGCCAAGUCAUUCACUAAUGAAGAGGACAUUGUGAAGCUUCAGAUCAUCAAUUUGGCAGCCAAGCUAUAUCUGACCAACUCCAAACAGACUAAACUGCUGACGCAGUAUGUUCUCAACUUGGCCAAAUACGACCAGAACUACGACAUCCGCGACCGGGCACGCUUCAUUCGCCAACUCAUCGUGCCCACCGAGAAGAGUGGAGCCCUAAGCAAGUAUGCUAAAAAGCUGUUCCUCGCCCUCAAACCUGCACCCGUCCUUGAGUCUCCUUUUAAAGAUCGAGACCACUUCCAGUUGGGUUCACUCUCCCACCUGUUGAAUGCCAAGGCUGGGGGCUACCAGGAGUUGCCUGACUGGCCUGAAGCUGCCCCUGACCCCUCCGUGCGCAACGUGGAGGUGAAGGAGUCUGUUUUUACGCUGCUUGAAAGAGUCACAACAUUAACAAGUGUGCCUGAGUGGACCAAAUGCAGUAGCCGUGAGAAGAGGAAGGAGAAGAAAGUAGAAAAGCCGUUCUACACCGACUCAGAGGGAGAGUCUGGUCCUACGGAGUCUGCUGACAGUGAGUCAGACUCUGCCAGUGGCUCGGAAAGCAGCAGUGGCAGCGAGGAGAGCGGGUCGGGAUCAGAGAGCGAAGAGAGUAAGGAAGCCUCCGAGUCUGAGGAAGAAGAAGAGGAGGAGGAAGAGGAACAGAAGAAGAAAAAAAAGAAAGAUCUAAAGAAGCCAGUGCAAGAAAGCGAAAGUGAGCAGAGCAGCGAAGAAGAAGAGAGGAAGCACCAGAGGAAGAGUAAACCGCGCAAGAGCGAGUCAGAGUCUGAAUCUGACGAAGAUGAGGAAAGCGAGUCUGAAAGCAGCCAGUCAGAGUCUGAAGACUCGGAGUCAGAGGCUGAGGUCAAGAAGAAAAAAAAGACGGCUGAAUCUAAACCUCCUCCCAAGCCUCUCAAGAAAGAGAGCAAGAAAGAAAAGAAAGAAAUGUCUCUGCUCGACCUUGAUGAUUUUGAACCUGCUCCCUCACCACAAGUCACACCGGUCAACACCUUCCUAUCCAACAGCCUCGUGACCGACCUGGAGGGGCUGUCUUUGUCUGACUCUGUCCUCUCCCCAGCAACCAUUGCUCCCUCCAGCGCGCUGAAGAGCUACGAGCUGCUUCACCGGAUCACGGGUGAGGGUCUGUCGGUGGAGUACUGUUUCAGCCGGCAGCCUUUCAGCCCUGACGCCAACAUGGUGGCGGUGCAGAUGCAGUUCACCAACAGCGCCUCUUCCGACACCAAGAACCUGCACAUAGAGGAUGUGAAGCUCCAGUCUGGGAUGAGGGUCAAGGAGUUCCCAGAGAUCGAGCUACUUCCGGCAGGUGAGACGGCCACAGCUGUGAUGGGCAUCGAUUUCUGUGAUUCAACGCAAGCAGCAAACUUCCAGCUGUGCACUCACACCAGGAAAUUCUUCGUGUCGAUCCAGCCACCUGUCGGGGAGCUGAUGAGGCCCGUCUUCCUGACAGAGAACGAGUUUAAAAAGGAACAAGGUCAGCUGAUGGGCAUGAACGAGAUCACAGAGAAACUAACUUUGGACGUCAAGUGCCGAAACGAACACGCCAUCGUCCAGAGAGUGACCACCGCUGCCAACCUCAGCAGAGUGCCCUGUGGGUCAGAUAAAGAGUGCAGUCCUCCUGUUCCUCCUCCUGAUUAUCCUGUCCACAGGUUUGCAGGCAGGACGGUGACCAGUGGCAGCUUGGUGCUGGUCACCGUGGCAACCAAAGAGGAAGGAGCCGCCCAGCUGACGGUCAACUGUGAGAAAAUGGUGAUCGGCACGAUGCUGGUGAAAGACAUCCUCCAGGCUCUAACGCAGUGACGCGAACCAGCUCUCCAGCUUUGAACUCCGCCUCCACCUGUACUUCAGCCAUCCCUCACAUAUCAUCUAAGACUUGUCAGUGUAGCAUCUCCUGCAAGCCGUGUCAGUGAGGAAGCUUCCACAACAUUUGUUUUGUUAGAAGAGCCCCAAACCUUUAGAAAUGACUCCCAGAGACAGUGAAUGCCACACCUGGACCUGACAAUUAAAACUGAACCUGAAUGUUUUUACUUGACUUUCCAAAAAUACUAAUUUCCGAACGUUUUGAGGGUUUUUUUCCUUUCCUUGAGGAGCUAAUUGGACUUACUGGACUCACAUUUACUUAAUCUAAACCUUUUUUUCUUUAGUAUAAAGUUAAUGUCAGAAUUUGUUUCCUGGAUAAACAUUAAUCGAGGCUGCAGGUUGAUUCUUGACUUUGAGAAAAAACAGUGGCUCUGAAACGUUCAGCCACAGCCUGUGAUCUUCCUCAGUGGAGGCAGUUGCUCAGUUGUCAUCGACAAAGACUGAAUGAACUGCAUUUUUCAUCAUUUGUGAAAUCAAAAUCAGCUACAGCGACGACUAAGUCAUCCGUGAUAUUCAAAUCCAAUUUGUGAUGCUAGAUUUUUCUGUGCUCUCACCUGGUACAUAAUAAAAUCUGAAGUAGGACACAUCUUUAAAAAAAAUCCAGAAGAAUCUUCAAUCAGUAGUAGUAACUGGACUCAUCCGCCUUCUGUUAAUGCUGUAGUCAGGCUUUACAAAGAUUAGGUGAGCAAAAAAUAAACAAAAACAUGUGCAGUAAGAUGUUCACUAGGUUCAGGCUAUUAACACUGUGCAGUAAGAAUAUGUGACUCUUGGCGAUCAGGACACUUUAUUUUCCCAAUAAAAUGGUCCUACACCAUAAACGUCGCUCACUCACGCGCUCCCUUGAUUUUUUUUUCUUUUAAAUCUCAGGCUAGAUUUAAUUCAAGUGUAGGAAACUGAAAUAAUCCCAUCUACAUUGCGACUGCUGGUUUUAUAUACUUUUUGCUUUUAUUCCAACUUUAUGUAUAUCAGGUAAUGACUAAACCAUCUCUAUGACAAAUGAGCAACAUCAUACGCUGGGGAAAGACUGGACCUCCACAGGUUUUCAUCGGAACUAAAGGAGGUCUUUCUAUGGUGUUAACAUGAAGAUGAAACAACUUUCAGUUCAGUUCAUUUUAUUUAUAUAGCUACAAUUCACAACAAAAGAUAAAAAUCUUACAACAAUAUAGAGUAAAUCCCAACAAUCAGAUGCCCCCUGUGAGCAAGAAAAACUCCCUUUUCCUCUGGAUGGGCAUCCAUCUGCUGCAACUGGUUUGAGGGGCUAUCAAACUGCUUUAAGAUGGAGAGAUACUCUGAGAUAGACGGAGUGGGUAAAGACUAUCAUAUUCCCUCAAAUCAGGUGGCACUGUCACAGUUAUUUGAAAUCAUUACAAGAUACAAGAAGAUUGCUGAUCUAAGACGGCUACCAUUCAACCUCAACUAUGUGAUUUUGGUAUAAUAUUAAUGAACAAUUCCCCAGAGUUUUAUCUCAUAAUUUGGUGAUUUUUAGCAUGUGGUUAGCUGUCAAAGUGCACAUGUUCAUCACAGUAAGUGGGGCAUUGAUAAAAGCUGAAAUGUAUACACGCUGUUUUAUUGCAACAUGCAAUGCAGUACUACUGUAAGGUGUGGUGUGUGUCUGUGUGUGAGUGAGUAUCAGCCUAACAAUAAGAAGUAGCGCUUUUGAUUAAAAACUGUAACACUUGACUUGACAUCAUCAUGAAGCACAUUAAAAUCACAAAAAUCAUCAUGCUGAUUAUACAGAAAUGUUUUUUGGUUGCUUUUCUCUGAUUGCUGUGAUUUAAACCCAGCGUUUAACCCCAACGCCAACAAAAAUACUUAACGAAUAUCAGCAAAUUAUUUUCCUAAUGAUCAUUUGGAUAAAUGAUUUAUCUGCUGGUGAUAUUCUCGUAUAAGUGAAUCGGGACUGUAAAAAAUAGGAUUUUUGCCCACUAAAUUCUGAACUGAGUCUUGUAGACAAGCAUUUACUGCAAGUCAUUCUACAUUUAAUGAGGUGGUAGUUGUGUCUUCAGUUUGUUUAUGUGCAUGAAGGAAGUAAUAUAUUGACCAUAGAGCUGUAGCAUAUUUUUCUAAUUUUUAUUAACUUCCAAGAAGGCAAAGCUAGCAGUUCUCGUGUUUUGUGUUAAGCUAAUGGGUUGCUAUCUGUAGCUAUAGAGUUAGCUUUCCCAAAUGAGACUUAACUGAUUUUUGGCAAUACAGCAAAGAUAAAUAUUUGUCAAAAAUAUCAAAGCAUUCAUUUAGAUUUCUAUUUUCAGAAAACUCAGCCUAUAUUUACUAGUAAAUAACACAAUGAAGCUUUGAAGUGAAAUAUUCACAAAAACAAAACUCAACCCAUUCAGCUUUCCAUAAAGUUGAUUUAGUAAAGAAACAUUCAGAUUAUGUUUGACUAUGUGCUGAAGAUAAUGUGCGUGAUUUUCAAGUUAAGUGUUGCUUUUCAUCUCAGUGGUCAGGCUGGUUUUGUGGCUAAUUACAUUUGAUGCCCCUUUUUUUCCUUUUAAUAUCCUCAUCUGUGCUGCAGACGCAUGUUUCUUAAUUCUAGCAGUAUCUGUGCACUUCUUUUUACUGUUGGAAACUGUAACUGUAAUCUUCCAAAGCUACAGGAGUAGUGAAAGGACUUUAUUUUGGCCUUUAACGUACUCCUCGCAUUGUCUGUUAUUUGCCCGUUCGCUCCAGCAGCCAUGAUGAUGAAAGUAAACAAUAAGAAAGUCUACUUUCAAAAGUAAAAAUACAGAAAAGAGUGAACUCUAUUCUCCAAAUCAUACGUAGGGCCAUAUGUUUCAUCUGCUUUCAAAAUAUCCAAAGUACAGUUCCUCAUACCCGUGUGUGGUUGUGAAAUGUGGUCCUGAGGUAUUACAAGUAUAGUUAUACAAAUAAAAGUACAGAUAUGGUGUUG